AUGGCUGAUGUCGAUGUUGCGCCGACUUUCGGCACUGAGCUCAAGGACGGCUUCAAGCCCGCCAACACCUGGGUGGCCCACGGAAUAUCAUGGCUCGACGAGAUCCAACAGUUUUACCGCGAGAGAAGCGCCAUCGAAAAAGAAUAUGCUGCGAAGCUCAAUGCCUUGGCCAAGAAGUACUUUGAGAAGAAGAACAAGAAGUCGGCACCCCUCAGUGUUGGCGACACGCCUGCCAUGACACCGGGUUCUCUAGAGAGCGCUUCUCUGACGACCUGGUCCACGCAACUCACCACCCUCGAAGCCCGAGCCGACGAACACGAUCGAUACGGAAAUAACCUCCUCUCACAGGUAGCCGAACCCCUCAAGUUCCUGGGUACCCGCUUUGAAGAGUUGCGCAAACGCCAUGCCGACUAUGCCGGCAAACUAGAGCACGAGAGAGACUCCCAGUACGCUGACUUGCGCAAAACGAAAGCCAAAUACGAUGGUGCUUGUCAAGAGGUGGAAAGCAAGCGCAAAAAGUCUGAAUCGUCCUUUGACAAGGCCAAGGCGCAAAGCGCGUAUCAGCAGCAGAUACUUGACAUGAACAACGUCAAGAACACAUACUUGAUUGCCAUCAAUGUUACAAACAAGCAAAAGGAGCGCUACUACCACGAAUACGUUCCCGAGGUUAUGGAUAGUCUGCAGGACCUAUCCGAGUUCCGCACCAUGAAGCUGAACGGUCUGUGGACCAUCGCCUCGCAGCUGGAAGCCGCUAUGCUGCAGAGCAGCAAGGGCCUGAUGGAGAAGCUCGGAACAGAGAUAUCCCGGAACCAGCCUCACCUCGACUCCAUGAUGUACAUUCGCCACAACCUCGGCACAUUCCAGGAACCAGCCGACAAGACCUUCGAGCCCAGCCCAGUCUGGCACGAUGACGACCAAAUGGUCGUGGACGAAUCGGCCAAGAUCUACCUCCGGAACGUUCUCAGCAAAUCCAAGGCGCAACUAGGGGAUCUGCGUAGGGAAGUUGACAAGAAGAGGCGCGAGGUGGAAGCCAUCAAGCGCAUAAAGCAACGUAUCAGGGAAGGCACUGAGAAGAAAGAUGAGGUCAUGGUGGUCACACAGAUAUUUGCACUGCAGGAAGAUCUACAUGCUGUCGACAGGAGGAGGGUUACCGCUGAGGUCGAGACUUCCACCAUCACCUCGGCUGUAGGCGACGUAUCGCUUGGCGCAAAGAACCAUAACUUCAAGGCGCAAACCUUCAAGAUACCCACUAACUGCGACCUAUGCGGAGAGAGAAUAUGGGGCCUAUCGGCGAAGGGCUUCGACUGCAGAGACUGUGGCUACACAUGUCACAACAAGUGCGAGAUGAAGGUUCCUGCCGACUGUCCGGGCGAACAGACCAAGGAGGAAAGAAAGAAGCUCAAGGCCGAACGCCAGGAAGCAGCCAACUCGCUUCUCAGGCCGACGGCGUCCUCGCCCACAAACGCGUCGGAUUCGCCGACUCUGACGAGAUCGAACACGAUGAACUCGUUGAGCUCGGGAUAUGCGCACAGCGCACGUCGGUCGAUAACGGGGGGUCCGACGUCACCCAUAGACGAGGCUCCGCCAGAGCCAUCAACCCCUCGCCCUGCAGCUCCUGCAUCGACUGUCAGCUCGACCACGACCCGUAAGAGGGUCAUGGCUCCGCCCCCGGCCGCAUACAUCAGCGAGCUUCCGGGAAGUGCACCGAACGGAUCGAGCUCAUCGGAGCAGCAGAAGGGCAAGAUGCUAUAUACGUUUGAAGCUAGUGGCGAUGGAGAAGUUUCCGUUCCCGAGGGUCGCGAAGUGACGAUGCUCGAACCGGAUGAUGGUUCCGGCUGGGUCAAGGUGCGCGCUGGCUACAAAGAGGGCAUUGUGCCGGCAAGCUAUGUCGACUGGACGGUCGCUCCCGCAUCGCCCAUGGUUGCGCAAAACACCGGCGCGUCGGCACGACCAGAGUCGACGUACUCCAACUCGGGCUCCUCGAUAGGAACAGCAGGAGCGGGGAAGAAGAAGGGGCCAGCAGUGGCCCCGAGGCGCGGAGCCAAGAAGCUCAAGUACGUGGAGGCUUUGUACGAAUACACAGCGCAGAGCGACGCAGAGCACAGCAUGGCGGAGGGCGAGAGGUUUGUGCUCAUCAAGGACGACCCCGGCGACGGCUGGGCCGAAGUCGAAAAGGGCGGCGUAACGAAGAGUGUGCCCGCGAGCUAUGUACAGGCAGUUUAG